AUGGGUGGAUGCCUGUCGCAGCCGGCGAAUAUUCAGGCUCCAGCAUCCGUGGAGAUUGUGUUCGACCGCAAGGUCGAGGAUGAUUACGAUAUCGGGCCAAAGCUAGGCGAGGGCGUGCAGGGUGUCGUCUUCAGCGGCGUGUGCAAGAGCACCGGCACGAAGGUGGCCGUCAAGCGCACCCACAUCGGCUCAUACGGCUCGUCCGCCAGCCGCGCCAGCGCGUUCGCCGAGAUUGAGCUCCUCUCCUACUGCGACCACCCCAACGUCCUCCGGCUCAUGGGCGCGUAUCAGACCGGCGGCGACAUCAACAUGGUCUGCAAGAAAGUCGAGGGCUGGAACCUCAUCCAGUACCUCAUCCAGCUGGACAAGGAAGAGGCCGCGGGGCGGUCCGCGGAGGACAUCGCGGCGGAGAAGAUGUCGCUCAUGCAUCAGCUCGUCGACGCCGUCGCGCACGUGCACGCGCGAGACAUCGUCUACCGAGACCUCAAGCCCGCGAACCUCAUGAUCAGCGAGCAGAAACCGAGGCAGCUGACGCUCAUAGACUUCGGCCGCGCCACGCACCUGGACCGCGCGGCGAGGCUGGAGAAGGAGCAGCCGAUGGGCACGAGCCUGUUCCAGGCGCCCGAGGUUGAGGAGCGCGCCGCGUACGGUCAGCAGUCCGACAUGUGGGCCGUGGGCGUGCUCGUGUACCUCCUCAUCAGCGGGGGCAUGCCCUUCGAGCACUCCAUCGCGGGUCUGUACAAGGUUCUCGCGGGCCAGUACAGGCCGAUGGACGAGAGCUUCUCGCCCGAGGCUAAGGAUCUGGUCUCGAGGCUGCUGGUGGUUGACCCCGACAAGAGGCUCAACGCGGCGCAGUGCACGCAGCACCCGUUCUUCACCAGGGAAGGGCUC